CAAACAGUGACAGAGGCACAGAGAUUAGCUUGAAUCUUGUCGGAGAUUAUCCUGCUUGGGAAGCACUAAAGCGCUCAUGAAGAUUCAUUUGAGCUCCUGAAUUUGGGGGGCAGCACUGAUGUCAGCACUCACCUGUUAAGUAGACUGAUGACUGAGGAUAGAGAGAUGGGAUCCUCGGUUACUGCUGUUACUUUGUGCCCCCGCAGGUGGAUCCUGGUCUUGGUCAUCUUGGUGCAGCAGCUCAAUGCAGGGGAGAUUCUGGAGCCAUGUCAAGGAAGAGACUGCUCCGUAUGUCAGUGUCUUACUGUCAAAGGUGCACGGGGACCUCCAGGGAAGCCAGGCCAGCAAGGCCCCCUGGGACAAAUGGGAUCAUGGGGACGUGAAGGGCUACCGGGAGAAAAAGGCCGGAUGGGAGCAGAGGGAUCACAUGGCCCACCGGGCCCCAAAGGAGACCAAGGCAAGACUGGUGUUCCUGGUUUUCCUGGUAAUAAUGGCUCACCAGGCCAUCCUGGAGCAGGCGGCAAGCCCGGUUUGCCAGGAGUGGAUGGCUGUAACGGGAAAGGAGGUCGACAAGGAGUCCCUGGUAUUCCUGGUUUGGAUGGUCUCCCUGGGCUGCCAGGAAUACCUGGACCUAAAGGAAUUAAAGGAGAACCUGGGUAUGACACUUCCCUUCCAGGACUUCCUGGGGAGCGUGGUAGAGAUGGAGAACGUGGUCGACCCGGAAGACAGGGAGACAUUGGGCCUAAAGGCUCUACUGGCCCUCCAGGUUUUCCUGGACCUGAGGGCGUGGAAGGACCUAAAGGUUUGAGAGGACUGCCAGGGGACCCUGGAGGAUCACUGACUGGUGAUAAAGGUGAUGAUGGUGAGCAAGGCACACCUGGCCCACAAGGACCAGAAGAAAUCAUAAUAAAUCCUCCAGAGUUUCUUCCACCUAAAGGUUACAAGGGAGAAAUAGGUCCUCCUGGACCAUGUGGACCAGAUGGCAUACCAGGUGGUAGAGGAGACUACUAUAAUCAGGGAAUAAAAGGAGAGCAGGGAAUCCUUGGUUUUCCUGGACAUCGGGGUCCUCCAGGAUUUCCUGGUAGAGAUGGAUCUCCAGGACCUAAGGGUCUGCAAGGAGAGAAAGGACUUCCAGGUCUAAUUGGAAGAACUGGACCAAAGGGUUACCCAGGAGAUCCAGGUCCCCCCGGUCCACUGCUCUUUCGCAAUGGAAGUGAUGCCAGAGGGCCUAAAGGUGAUCGCGGGUAUCCUGGAACCCUUGGAUUUCCAGGUGACUCUGGGUUCAUGGGCAUGCCUGGACCUCCUGGCCCACCAGGGUUAACAAUACCAGAGGAGCUGGGUCUGCCGGGUCCAAGAGGGCCUCUUGGUCCUAAGGGCUUCAAGGGAGAGCCAGGAAGGUAUAAUAACUUUGAAAUAAAUCCGUUUCCGGGACCAAAGGGAACUAAAGGGCAUCUCGGACCUAAAGGUGCCAAAGGCCCCCCAGGUCCUCCAGAUUACUACUGUGAGCCUGGUUAUCCAGGAGACCCUGGCGACCCAGGACCCAAUGGAUCUACUGGAAACAAAGGGCUCAAAGGAAUUAAAGGUUGUCCAGGGGAGUGCGAAUGUAGGUCUGGUGGGGGAAGCAUAGGACCCCCUGGUCCACCUGGUUAUCCUGGACCUCCAGGGUUACCUGGAACUCAAGGACUUAAGGGAGACCCAGGACUGGAAGGAGAUGAGGGUCAAAGAGGACCAGAAGGCUUUCAAGGAAUUCCUGGUUUAAAAGGACAGAAGGGUCAAAAGGGUGACUAUUUCGUGGCAGGUGUUAAAGGUGCCAAGGGUGACCAAGGAGUCCAUGGACCUUCUGGUCCUCCUGGAGCAACAGGUAGGCCAGGAAGCAAUGGCCUUCCUGGCCCUGAAGGAGACCCUGGACCACCGGGUACUGGAUAUGCAGGAUUUCCUGGUCCCAAAGGUUACCCUGGUGUUUCUGGACCCAAAGGUUUUCCAGGGCUUGUAGGCCCCUCAGGUCCUGGUUAUCCAGGCCCAAAGGGGGUACUUGGACCUAAAGGAAAUCAAGGAUAUCCUGGCCCCCCAGGACUCCCUGGACGACCAGGCCCCCCAGGUGAUACUGACCAAUGCUGUCAUGAAAUUGAGAUUGGAUUACCUGGUCCUAAGGGUGAGCCAGGUUCACCAGGGAUUCCAGGUGAGCCAGGACAAGACGGUCUCCCAGGAGUUCUGGGACACCCAGGUCCUAAAGGCAUGAAGGGAGAUGACAGUGAAACUGGAGGGAUUGGACCACCAGGACCUCCAGGUUUGAAUGGGGAUUCAGGUGACCCUGGUCCCACUGGAAUUACUCUGGAUGGCCCUCAAGGCCCUCCUGGAUUACCAGGACCCCAAGGCAUUAAGGGUGCCCCAGGAGAUGUCUUCUCCGCCAGGCCCGGUGCUACUGGCCCACCUGGCCGCCCUGGGGCUGUGGGGCCAAAUGGACUUCCUGGUAUUCCUGGAAGCCCAGGUUCUCCGGGCGUACAAGGCCAAUCUGGACCACCAGGUUAUAAAGGAGAGCCAGGAGAAAAUGGUGACGCUGGAGACACUGGUCCCCCAGGCCCACCCUGCACUUUAUGUGACCUAAGUGGAACUCCAGGUCCUCCAGGACCUCCAGGAAACCCUGGACAGAGUGGAAUACCAGGCUACCCUGGUCAGAAGGGUUUUAAAGGAGCUAUAGGUCCACCUGGUCAUGGACAGAGGGGUCCAAAAGGUUUCCCUGGCCCUCCUGGUGUGCCAGGCCCACGAGGACCAAGAGGCACCACUGGCUCCUCAGGAGAUCCUGGGAUAGAUGGCUGGCCAGGACAGAAAGGUGAAAGGGGGUAUCCUGGCAGGGCUGGGGGCAGAGGUUUACCCGGUCCUCCUGGACCUCCGGGACCCAGAGGUAAACAGGGAGAGAGAGGCUUUAAUGGUCACCCAGGUGACACAGGAGACCCAGGAGUGCCUGGCUAUAAAGGUUUUCCCGGUCCACCAGGACCACCAGGACCAUCAACGAUCAUGAAUGUAACAAAAGGCCCAAAAGGACUUCCAGGAAGGAAGGGGCAACCUGGACAACAUGGGCCUGCAGGCUCAAAGGGCCCAAGUGGAGAUCCAGGUAAUCCAGGGCCUAAUGGAUGGCCUGGUCCACCAGGGUUUAAAGGCACCACUGGUGCUCCAGGCAGGAGAGGAUUGCCCGGACCUCCUGGGUACCCUGGAAUCAAAGGUUUCCCUGGUCCAAGGGGAUAUCCUGGACAUGGUGGAGAUCUGGGAGAUCCAGGGCCUGGAGGUAAUUUGGGUAUCCCAGGUUUACCGGGAUUUCCAGGGACUAAGGGUGAGCCAGGAGAGUCGUAUGGACAACCUGGUCCACCUGGACCCAAAGGAUUGCCAGGGCAGGAUGGACUGAAUGCACCCAGAGGGUGUGCAGGAGAUCCAGGAGACCCAGGACCCCAGGGAAGGUCAGGACCGCCUGGACGACCAGGCAUUCCCGGGGAACCAGGAAGAUCAGGAGAACCAGGAUUCCCUGGGCCUCGUGGUGAAUAUGGUAGUCCAGGUGUUCCAGGUGUUCCAGGUGAUCAUGGGGGCCUGGGACCACCAGGCCCACCUGGACCAAAUGGGCCUCCAGGCCCCCCUGGACCACCAGGUCUGCAUGGACUUGAUGGGCUUAGAGGUCCAAAUGGAAUGAAAGGAGCACAUGGCAUAGGUAUCCCGGGCUCUCCAGGACCACAUGGAUUUCCUGGAGUCAAAGGUCUCAGGGGCCACCCUGGUCCUCCAGGAGGCACUUUUCCUGGCCGUAAAGGCCAAAGGGGCCCACCUGGCGACAGAGGUCUUCUAGGCUUCCCAGGUGAACCUGGUUACCCUGGCAAAGAAUGCCACAUGCCUUUGCCAGGACCCUGGGGAGAGGAAGGAUAUGAAGGACCUCCAGGACCCCCAGGUCAUCCUGGGGCACCAGGCCCUCCAGGCAGUAGCCUCUUCUACAAAGGAGACCCAGGCCCAAUUGGCCUCCCUGGGUUACCAGGUCAUAAGGGAGAUAAGGGCCUCAGAGGACCUCCUGGAUUUCCGGGCUACCCAGGCUUUCCAGGACCAAAAGGUGAAAGAGGUCCUUCUGGUCCCAGGGGUCCUCUAGGACCGAGAGGUCAGAAAGGUGCUCCUGGGGCUAGAGGCCGCAAGGGAGUAACUGGCCCAGCCGGACACCCAGGUCCCAAAGGUGCUUUUGGGGAUUUAAUCACUGGACGCCCAGGAUCGACUCCCCGUGGACUCCCAGGACCACAUGGUCACCCAGGAUCUCCGGGAUUCCCUGGUGAUGUGGGUCCUCCUGGGACUCCAGGACGUAAAGGAGACAAGGGUCCUGUAGGGUCUGUUGGCUUCCCUGGCCAACCAGGUCCUCCUGGUCUUGAUGGCCCUGUUGGAGACCCAGGAGAUGUUGGUCAGCAAGGAUUUACCGGACCUCAAGGUAUCCCAGGUCCAGUCGGUGAUCCAGGUGAGCCAGGGCAUAUGGGGGCAUUGAGGUCAGGCUUCCUUCUGGUUAUCCACAGCCAGUCAGUUCAGGUGCCCCAGUGCCCUGAAGGCAACAGUCAGCUCUGGGUGGGCUACAGUCUGGUCUACUUGGAAGGACAAGAGAAGGCUCACACUCAAGAUCUGGGCCAGGCUGGCUCCUGCCUCCCUGUUUUCUCCUCCAUGCCUUUCUCCUACUGCAACAAAGCUGCCUGUCACUACUCUAGUCGCAACGACAAAUCCUAUUGGCUCUCCACCACCGCUCCCAUACCCAUGAUGCCACUCUUCGGCCAGGAGAUCAGCUCCCACAUCAGCCGCUGUGUGGUGUGCGAGACAGUUUCACCUGCUGUUGCUAUUCACAGCCAGGAUCACACUGUCCCUGCAUGCCCACCUGGCUGGAGGAGUCUGUGGACUGGGUACUCCUUCCUCCUGCACACAGGGGCAGGUGAUGAGGGCGGUGGCCAGUCUCUGAGUUCCUCUGGUAGCUGCCUUAAGGAUUUCCGGACUCACCCCUUCAUCGAGUGCCAGGGUGCGCGUGGUUCUUGUCACUACUUUGCCAACCUCUACAGUUUUUGGCUGACUAGCGUUGGUCAGAGAGAGCAGUUUAUCACCCCGAACUCUGGCACUAUCAAGGCAGCUGACCAACAGCGACGCAAGGCCAGCCAGUGCCAUGUCUGCCUCAGAAAACAAUAAAGGACCUCUUGCCACUUUUAGUUGUAACUUUUUACCCAUUUGUAGCUAAUUUUGUUUACCACUCAGGUUUAAAGAUAGAUAAACUAAUUUUGGUGACAAAAAUUAGUAGCAUUGCAAUCUAUACACUUAUUUAUAGUUUUUUAUGUUGCUGUCAGUCAUUAUUUUCAAUGAGGUGCUAUUUCUAAAAAUGAAAAUGUUUGAUAAUUGAUUAUAAAGCUGCUGUACACUAAGAUUUUGUAAUAAUCCACCUUAUCAGACUUGUGUUGAAAUCCUAAAUAAAUCAUCAUUUGGGGAAAAUA